UCACCUAGAUAUUAUUAUUCCCCUCUCUAUUUUCUCCCUCAAAAAUCUUGUUCCUAAAUUUCUCCAAAUCCAACCUCAACUACCUUUUCUUUUUUUCUUCAAGGAAUUUAGUGAUAAGUUUUUCAAUUAAAAAAAUAAAAACCACCUUAUUUUCCUAGAUCUUUCCUCUUAUCUUUAUAAUAUAUUUUCUUCCCUAAACUUCUCCAAGAAAACCUCAAAAAAAAAAAAAAAUUCCUAUUUUUGACACUUUGACAAAAACUAAAGAAAUGCCCAUGGAACGUUCAAACUCAUCAGGAAGCACAAACUCUUCAUACUCAACAACAUCAAGGUCAUCAUCAUCGUUGCUAGUGUUAUCGAUUCAAUGCUUAAAAGGAAGUUCAAAAGGCGAUGAAUGGACUGGAAACAUGUUGAUAACGGGGGAUAUCGUGGAGGAACUUCGAAUAGGUAACAUGAUUGUUCGAUCACCAUUCAAAAAUGGCAAAAGUGGUAUACAAAAGAUCAUGCAUAAUUCAUUCAAGGCUAAGGAAACUUCUAUUAUUGUUCGUGUUAGACGUGGAUCUCAAUCUGACGAUGAAUUAUUCACUGAGUUACAGGCAUGUAUCGUUCCGAAUGAGUUUGGUGGAAGGAAAACUUAUAUGCUUAGAGCUAUUGAUGAUCCAAAUUAUGCCGUUGGUUUUGUUGAUCGGACGGAAAUGGAGUGUUUGGAAUUGCAAGGUUCAAGGAAGUCAAGAAUGGUGGGAGCAUUGACAAGGACUCCACUCCAAGAAGGAUAUGUGAGCUAUCCAUGGGAGAAGAGAAUGAAUGAGUUUCUAGCAGUUCCAAAGUCAAGCAACUUUUACUCACUACUUCUCUUGCCAAAAGCCUCAGACAAAGCUUCAAUUGGUUAUAAUGAUUUAGAAGACACACUUUCUAGGGCAAAUGCUUGGCUCAUUGCUUCUCAAGCCUCUGGUGUUCCCAUUGUUUUCAUGAAUAUCCAGACUGAGUCUCUACUCACCAAGAUAUCAGGGGAGACAGCUUCGUGCACUGUAAGUGCCGGAUCACUUUCUGAUUUAUCAAACCUUGCAAAUGCAAGUUUGUAUGGUUUUGAAGAUUACCAUGGAGUGGAUAUUGGUGUUGUUCGAGCAGUUCGGCUUUGGUUUUCCCCACUUGGAGGAGAGAUUCCUAUUGACAUUAUAAUCAAAGAAAAUGAUGUCAAACUUGGUUUUGCCAUCAGCAGAACAGAAGAGGGGUUUAUUCAUAUAUCAUCAGUUGCUGAAGGUGAUGAGGAUGCACCAUCAUCAAGAUCAGGCCUUGGCAAUCUAUACAAAGAAGCAAGGAAAGAGUGCAAGCUUUUAGUUGUAUCAAGAAUAUCCAACCAAAAGGUACUUCCUUGGAUCGUUUCUCCAACGGGGGCAGUCAGGUGCUUUGACACCAUCUCUCUGAGUCAAAAGUUGUCUUUGCAUCGACAUGCUAAAGUUCCCAUUCUUAUGCACGUGUUCCUUUGGGACCGUUCUGUCCCCGUGCCAAAUGGUGGUAUGAUUAACCGGUCAAGGACUAUUUCCCCGACUAUGCUACCAUCGUUGCCACCUGAAGUUCGGUUGACACGCCAACCGAAUGAUAAUCAGGUGAUGCCAUUGCCUCUAGAAGUUGAAGAUGAGAUAGGAAGUCAGAGUGAUGAAUCAGAACUAAGGCAUGUCAGGGACACUGCUGGGGAAUCUUCUUUUCGCUUCCAUGAUUUUUCUCUACCAAAUAAUUGGGUGUAAGUAUUUUCUUUUAACGUUGUUUGCUGUACAUAAAGAAGGCAAGUUUUGUAACUAAGGUGAUCUGUUUAAGGGGCAUUUGUAACAGCUUAUAAAGUAACAAAGAUUUGCUGUUUAGUCAGAAUUGUAAAAUAACUCAUCUUUGUGUUGGCUUGAUAAAAAUAUCUAAAGGUCAUACUGACUGGAAGGCUCAGUGUAUUGCAACUAGAAUGUCAUAUAACUCAAUGCUUCGGACACAUUACAUAUACCAAAAGCUUCAUUUC